UGCAACAAUUCUUGUUCUUUCCAGGAAUUAGCAUCAUGGAGGUAUGUGCUAGAUGUACUCUGAGAUUUCAUAAACUAAUUUGCUACACAAGAUAUUACCCAGUCAGUUUCAUGAGCACAAGGCCAAGUCCUGACAUCCCAAUUAUCAGGAUUCCCAAGGCCUUACAGAAGAAAGUCCAGACCAUUCAAAAGGGCCAAAGGAAAGGUCCAAUCAAGUGGAAGGGUAGGAUCUUCACUGCUAGGCCUGGUACAGAGAUCAUCUCAUCCAAGAGAAAGGAGUACAACCACUAUCUUAACCAGACCUACCAGAAGCUCUCUCCUCCCAAGCUUGCAUCUCAGGGCUGGAAGUCUAAUAAAUCCAGAGGGGAUUACUUUAACAUUCUAGCCUACAAAGGGAAUCCAUCGAUUACCAAGACACAAGAAAAUGAAGCAGAGACUGCGGAUAAGAAACCACAAACCUUUCAAGACCUGAAACUACAUCCUUCUGUCAUGAGAGGAUUAGAUUUUAUGGAUAUCAGUACACCUACAAGUAUACAGUUGUCUGCAAUACCUAGUAUCCUGCAGGGAAAGAACACGCUGUGUGCUGCAGAGACUGGUAGCGGGAAGACCCUGACAUACCUACUCCCGUUGAUACAGAGGCUGCUUGAUGAAUCAAAACUGACAGGCACACCUACAGCUGCGGAGACUGGUCUGCCUAGGAGUGUGGUGCUUUUGCCCGUCGGUGAACUUGUCCAUCAGGUUUUGGAGGUUUGCAAGAUUCUUGCUGAGUCUGCUGGUUUAUCAGUUCAAUACUUUGAUGGGGAAACAAGCUUGAAAAACCUGGAAAAAAGACUGAGUUCAUCCACCGACAUUAUCAUUUCAACACCUGGACCCAUUAUAAAUGCUGUGAGACAAGGUUAUGGCAACUUGAACUGUGUAUCUCAUGUGGUAAUAGAUGAAUCGGACACUAUGCUUGAUGAUAGCUUUAUUCAACAAACCCUCAAGAUUUUAAAACGGAUUAAGAUCGGAGAAGGAAAGGCAUGUAAAGUAACAGCCCCAGGUGAAGCCCAGCUGACGAUGGUAGGAGCAACCAUGCCGAGGAAAGCUACAAACAUCCUUGCUGACAUCAUCCCGCCUGAGAAUAUUGAGGUGAUUUCUACCCCUCAUCUUCAUCGUAUAAUGCCUCAUGUUCAUCAAAAGUUUCUUAGGCUACACUCACAGGAUAAAGCAGUCAAGAUCCUUGAGCUAGUAAAGAGAGAACAGAAGAGUCGUGUUUCUACCAUGGUAUUCUGUAACACAGCAUCGACCUGUGAUUGGUUAGCUCACUUUCUCACUGAGAAUGGCGUUCCAGCUCUUAGAUUACAUUCUAAAAUGGGUGGCAAGUCUCGUAGUGGAAUAAUGAAGGCCUUCAAAGCAGGUGAAGCUAACAUCCUGGUCUGUUCUGAUAUUGCAUCCAGAGGAGUAGAUACAGUAGAGGUGCAGCAUGUGGUAAACUUUGAUUUCCCUCCGUUCAUGUCUGACUACAUCCAUCGAGCAGGGAGGGUAGGGCGUGUCGGCAGCCAAGGGAGCGGUCAUGUGACUAACUUUGUGGUACACAAGUGGGAUGUUGAGCUGGUCAAUAAGAUUGAGAGAGCUGUAAGGAUCAGAGAAGAUCUUCCCAGAGUGGAUGCAAACAUCAAACAGAAGCAUAACAAGAGAGUGAUAGACCAGGACCUACAGGAUGUAAAACAAGCUCUGAAAGGUUGAGGAUAGUCCAGUAACAAGCCCAGUAAAGAUCUGUAUGAUCCACAUUCACUGUGAGAAACCGAAUCAGAUGGUCAAGGCCAAGUUUUUUCAGCAUCCAAACUUGAGGUCUACACUACAGGCUCAAGAAAGAUCUGUCUGGUUUUGUACUGGCUCCUGUGUGAGAUAGUACCAAGAUUUUGCAGCAAGGAUGCGAUUGUCAAUUUGCUUGUAUACAGAAAAUCAAGACUGAGAAAGAAAAUGAUGUACCCAAUAUAUGAUAUUUUUUGGCAAGGACAAGUUGUCAUUUGUUCAGAGACUGUAUUUGGCAAUACCAUUUAAAUAUUACAAUCACCGAAUGGUAAUAGCCAAUUAUUUGUUGCAUGCACGGUUAGUUCAAAUCUCUGAACGAAACCAGUCCGAAUUGCUCUCUCAUAUCCUGAAUCUAUUGCAAACCUAUGUGAUAUGGGAUCCUGACUUCAAUCACCCCUCAAAAGAUUCUACGCAUGAUCAGAGGAAGGUCAUUUGUACUAAAGUGACAUGGUGGUUUAAAAUCUAAUGAGAUAAGCACCAACUUUGAUGUCUUGAUUAUUCAUAUAUUCUUUUGAAUUGUGGUUUUCAUUUACAUCCACAAAAAACAACAAUGCGUCCACGAACGACUGGUAUUUCACAGUUUGCCAAGUACAUUGUGCAACAUGCUAUGAUAUGCAUUCAAAGUAGGAAUGCAACAAAUACCUUCAUAAAGUGUUCAUUGGUGUGCUAUUCUAGUCACCUGGUCUAUUCAAUUUCUUCAUCCUGCUAUGUAAGGCAAGCUUACGUAAUAUCUUGCUUUGAAAUCUGCCUAUCAUAAUGAAAGAAAUGAAAGGUCAUUUGACCAAAAUUGUUCAUGAAGUAACUACGAACUGGUCUCUUCCAAUGAUGAAUGAAUGUUCCUUUAAACAUUAUGCAUACAUGUAUCAUCCAACUGUUGUUAAUUGGGAGAUCUAUAUGGCUCAUUCAUGAUGUGGAGUCUUUUGAUUUGGGAAAUCUGCCUUAUUGUAAGCAUGAAUAAGGAGAAGAUUCUGUGUCAUGGGCUAGGUUAUGAAAUCUAUCGCUCCCUUAAAAGGCUAAUGGAGAGAAUGGAAAAUACAUAUUUUUACAUGGUGUAUGCUGCAUUGAAUAAAAUAUAUCUAUAUUACAA